GGCAGCCGGAGCCUCGGGGAGCGAGCGGAGCGCGCUUGGCUGAGCGAUGGCGGCGCGGCGGGCGCUUCUGCUGCGCGCCUUGAUCAUGGGCCCGCCGGGCUCCGGCAAAGGCACCGUGUCGGCGCGCAUCGUCCAGCACUUCGCGCUCAAGCAUCUCUCCAGCGGAGACAUCCUGCGCGAGAACAUGAACCGCAAGAGCGAAAUUGGUCUCCUUGCGAAGUCGUAUAUUGAUCAAGGCCGGCUGAUUCCUGAUGACAUUAUCACGCGGCUGAUGCUCAGUGAACUGAAAAACCUGGAGCAAAACAGUGUGUUGUUGGAUGGCUUCCCUAGGACUGUUCCACAGGCCGAAGCUCUGGAUAAAGUGUGUCCAAUAGAUACGGUGAUUGACUUGGAUGUGCCUUUUGAGACGAUCCGGCAACGCCUGACUGCCCGCUGGAUCCAUCCUACCAGCGGCAGGGUCUACAACCUUGAAUUCAACCCUCCCAAAGUCCCUGGUUGUGAUGAUAUUACUGGAGAGCCUCUUGUCCAACGGGAUGAUGACAAACCGGAAACAGUUAUGAAGAGGCUGAAAUCUUACGAAACUGAAACCAAACCUGUCCUGGAGUAUUAUCGCCGGAAAGGCGUGUUGGAAUCUUUUUCGGGAACAGAGACCAACAAGAUAUGGCCCCACAUUCAUCGUUUCCUUCAAACCAAGCUGCCUGAUAUGAGCCAGAAGGAAGCGUCUACCUACAGAUGAAGGAAGAUCCAUUACUGUACUGACA